AUGUCACUGCAACCUCAAAUGUCUUUUGCUCAAACAUAUAUAUUAGCUAGUAAAGUUAGAUCUAAAUUAACUAGAGAAGCUCAAUCACCUAAAUCUUCUUUAAGAAAUUUAGUAGUUCAAGCUAAUAUGUUGGAUAAUAUUAUGGAUUAUAUUAGUGAUGAAACUAAAAAAAGAACAACUACAACUACAAGUACUGGAAAAUUGAGUUCAUCUUCUUAUAAUAAAAAUUCCCAUGAAUCUUCAGUAAUUGUUCAAUUUGCUCCUACUCCAAUUAGACAAGCUUAUAAAACUUCAAUUACUGAAUAUGAAAUUGAUAGUGAUUCAUCUGAUGAAGAAGAAGAAGAAGAGGAAGAAGAAGAUGAUUACUUUUAUGAGGAUGAAGAUCUUGAAGAUCUUGAAGAUUAUGAAGAUUCUAUUGUUAUGGAACAAGAUGAAUUAGCUGCUAUUAAAGGUGUUUACUAUGAAGAAGAUCAAGAAGAUGAAGAAAAUCAAGAAAAUGAAGAUGAUAACUUAUCGGAAACUUCAUCAGUUUAUUCUAAUUCUAAUUCUUCUUUAUCAUCAUCAUCAGAUUCUGAUUCUGAUGAUUAUUAUAUUUAUUCUGAUUCUGAUGAAAUCAUUGAAGAAAAUAAUAUUGCCAUAGAAGCUACUAUUCCUAGAAGUUUUAAAAGUUUAUCAAUAAAAUCAACAUCAUCAACAUCAUCAUCAUCAUCACAAACUUCAGAAUCUACACCAGAAUCAUUAUCAUCACCAUCAACAAUUGUACGUUAUAAUUCAACACCAAUUACUAUAACUUCAUUACAUACAAUUGAUGAACAACAAGAAGUCGAAGAAGAAAAGAAACAACAACAACAACAACAAAUUCCACAACAACAAGAAGAAGAAGAAGAAUUGUUAUUGUUACAUAAAAAUGGUCAAACUAAUAAUAAUAAAUUAGAUCAAAUUACUAUAGAUUGGAAGAAAUCUAAUAAUGUUAAUCUUAAUGUUAAUCUUAAUGUUAAUCUUAAUCUUCAAAGUUUUUAUAAGAAUCAAAAUAUUUCUUUAGAUCAAUUUUUUUAA